CAAGAUCUGAUCCUUUUCCAUAUGAUUGUUUGUUGACAUUUUUCAAGUUAUUUGAGAUAAACAAAUUCAGUUGAUUAUUAUCGUUUCAUUUACAAUUGUGUUUUCAAAAUAGUUUAAAAUGUUUAAGAAACCAAAAAAGAUAAAUUUCAAGAAAAGAGAGACACCAGAUUCUUCAUCAUCAGAAGAAGAAGAGACCAUAAUUUACAAGCCAACAAAAAAGGCUUGCAUCAAACGUGUUCCACGUGAAAGUUCAGAUGAAUCUAAUUCGGAAGACGAAUCAGCGGUUUCAGUAUCAUAUGAAAAUGAUAAGAGUGUUGUUCGAGAGGGUCCAAAAGAUAUGGGUGCAACCAGUGAAAGACAAAUUGAUAACGACAAAGAAGCUGUUAAAGGUAACAAAUUCCUGGCUAAAGGACCAUUGAAAGCUCCAUCAAACAUUAGAUCGACUGUCCGAUGGGAUUACCAACCUGAUAUCUGCAAAGAUUACAAAGAAACUGGAUUUUGUGGAUUUGGUGAUUCAUGUAUAUUUUUACACGAUCGAAGUGAUUACAAAGCUGGCUGGCAAUUGGAGGCCGAAGCAAGAAAAGGUACAUACGGAGAAGACAACAUCAAUUAUGAAAUUACUGAAACAAAAGAAAUACCCUUCAAGUGUCUAAUUUGUAUGAAUGGAUUCACCGAUCCAGUCGUCACAAGAUGUGAACAUUAUUUUUGUGAAAAGUGUUUCCUUGAACAUUACAAAAAAAGUACAAAAUGCUUCGCCUGCAAAGCACCAACCAAUGGAUCAUUCAAACCUGCUAAUAUUUUCAAAAGUACACCAAGUAAUAAAAAGAAAGAAGAAGACUCUGAUGAUUCUGAUGAUGAUAGUUAAAUGAAAAGUAAAAAAGCUAUCGAUAUUAAAAUUCCAAAUCAUGUAUUAAAUUCAGCGACUAUUGUAUAUAAUUUUUUCAACAUCUAUUCUUGUUCUUUAUCAGUCGAUUGUCGAUCAACUAAGGGAGAAAAUCUAUAGAUGCAUAAUUAAAUAAUAAACCAUUUUCCUAUCA